GAGAAAAUUGCAACGACCGCAUAACUCGAUGAGAAUCCAUAGUGUUCCCAGAGAACAAGUUACAUAUCCCGUGACCGACAGAUAAACGCGACAGGCAGUGUCCACUCAGAGGAGGAGGAUGCAACAGAGUUGGUUGCAACAGGCGCGUUUGAGCAAGAAGCAGUUUUUAGAGAACAAAAUAUGACGUCGCGGACGUCUGCCGCCGCAGGAGAGUAUCUCCAUGGCGUAGCGGACUACCUAGAGCGCGUUCAGCUCUACCCAUUUUUUCACGGCCUGGUGAAGGAGCUGGCCUCGCGGCAGCCCGAAGACCCGGUCGCCUUCCUCGUCGACUUCAUCUCAAAUUAAGGAUACAACUAAUAGCUUUUUCAUCGACAUGAACACCCCACGUGGGGCCCCCCGCUUGAAAUUCCGUGUGUAGAACACGUAGCUUCGAAGGGGACAACUACUCAACAAGAGACGAGACAGCGACUUCGCGUCGGGAGUCAGGAUCAUAAUGAGCGACCAUCUCGUCUAAUCAGGGCAGCCGAGCGCCAGCGCCACCGCGCGCAACCGCAACAGCGAGUGUUCGGCAUCCGUGCCAAGGAUAUUGGUGAUUGGUGAGGGGAGUGAGCGCUUAGCGCAGAAGCUCGUCGCAGACGAAAGCAUAUUCGGCCGGGGAGUCACGCCCGCAGUAUAUGAUGGCAAGAAGGUACUACUUAACCAAUGUUACUUUCAUACUAAAGUCAUAGCGAAACUGUUUCAUUUAGAGGAUGCGACGUCGGUCUGUACAUGUCACUUUUGCGAAUUUACAGCCUUUUUUAUAUGCACCAGCAGUAAAGCAACAACCUGCGAGUAACUACAGCAAACGAAAAAUAGAUGAAAACAGUCGGAAACAUUUUGAAGAAUGAAUGUAGUACCUUCCGACUCUAGGAAUUUUCGGACGGGUCGGGGUCACUUGUAAAAAUGCGGCAGACAGAAAACUGGGUGUGUUAUGAUUACCCACGCAGUGCAGCAGAGGCACUUGCGGUAGAAGAAGCACGCGUGUUGAUUUCUCUCGUGGUUAUUCUCCAAGACCGAUCCGAGCGAGAAGGUAUUUGUUUUUCUCCUAGCAAUUGUUCGUUGUAUUAGGCCUAGUAUAUGGUUGUAUAAAUCUUCAACAUAUCAAGCGGCAACACGAAGAACCUGUCUGAGGCGCCUUGGACGAGUAGGUUCGACCCCGGCACUCACUUCCAUAGUCGCCAACAUGUUUCUUUUCCAUCUUCGUGAUCAUCAUCCGUGGUCAUGUUUCUGACGAACGAUGUUUUUUCUUUUCUUCUUCUCUGGAUUGGUCGUCCCUCAUUGGAUUCAAUCAAUCGGAAAUAAAGGUUGAUGACCGACGUCCUUCCAGCACCUAAAAAAAGGACUUAGUACACUGUGACUAAAUAGAUUCUCAUUGUUCUGAAUGAAGAAAUGCUUCACAUAGCAACGGCGGCGGACCAUGCUCUGGCUGGUGUUGUAGCGCAGCUUCCCGAAAACCUGAUGUGUUUCGUUGACCAUGACGAGGCACUCGACGAAACGAACCUUGCCAUAAUAGCGAAACGACUCAAGCAGAAACGCCUAGAGAGUGCACCGACCGCAGCACCGCAAAUAAUAAUACACUUAUGGUGCCGCGAAGACCGCUUCAAAAGGCAUUGUAGAUUUAUCAUUUGAGUAUUCCGUCGAUGUCAGAAGAUUAGCGGCCCCUAUCUGCCGCAACUUCUAGCCUCUACCAUAUUCAGAUGCAUACUAUCCUGACGAGAAUGCUCCAAACGAGGAAGUGAUUCUUUGCUAAAACUAAAUGGAGUUAGAGACUUAUCUCUAAUUGAUGGACCACGAGGCAGUGGUUGCACAACGCAGGCCGAACUUCUCGCCAAGAAACGAGGGCUGGUAAAAUCUAUCCUGUUCCGCGAUGAAUUAGAGCAUUAUACCACUCCUCCUGAUGAUGGUGGUGUGAAUCUACUCGGCAAUCUGCCUCGGAUUUCCCUGGAGACUUCUACCCGCUAGGCUAGCCUGUUGCUGGGUUGUCAGUGGUCUUGCGACUGUUCCCGUUGGUCCUGAUAUAGAACGAUGGGCAGGCUUCUCUUUUGCUACUUGUGCCCAGCGGCUUCCUCCUAUUUCACGAAAUUGAUUACCUGGCUCAUAACGAGUUUCUAUCGAUCAAGGAACUUCUAGUAGGUGACUUUAUUGCAGACCUCACAACACUAUGAAGAAGUCACAACACGAGAGAUUAAAAAUGAAUGAAGAAUGUUGUAACGACACGUUACAGCGACUGCUCUCGAGAGGGUAUCCCUUCAUCCUCGACAAACGUUUAUAGGUGCUGGUGGAUGCGCACAGGCUUUGCGCGGGUUCGAAGACGAGCGAGGAAAGAAAGAAAUUAGUAGAGGCACGCUUGGCUCGAAGAGACGCAAAACAACAAGGGUUCGUACUUUGCCAUUAUCCAGCAGCCGCUGAAGAGGCCAUGUCGCUCAAGAAGUAUUUGAAGGGUCUCUAUCCCGGGGAGCCGAAAUUAAUACAUCUCCAGGCAAAUGGAUGGAGCUGCGGACGCAGAUUAGCUGCGCAGAUGUACCGGGACGCCGGAAGCGGUAGAAGAACUUACAGCAACACGAUAGUUUUUUUCAGAGAAAAGAAUCUUGUUUAGCGCAGUAGUUGUUGUAAAGAUUCCAGCGAAUAGUUCAGGAUCUUUUAUCAACUCAAAAACUUUCUAGGUCGCAUCGCCGCACCUUUGGAGGCAGGCCCACGGGCAUCAAUCAGUGGACCAGACUGCGAUCAUGCAGCGCAUGAAGCGUACGCUUUGCUUGCUGUUAUUCAAUUUGACUGAGCAAAAAAUGUUCUAGGUUUAACUCCACGAUUGCUUGAAUUCCUACUACUUGUUUCCUCACGACAGAAUACAACGAAGCUCAAAUCAAUCGCUCAACUUCAAGCCCACGAGACACCGACCACGACUCGAUAGUCCAAAUACUGAAAUACUCUACCAGGUACAUUACAUAUCGCCAGCACAUUAGCGCAAUGGCGUAUCAGUUUUCUGACUGGACAGACAUCGAUGCUGGACAAUCGAUACAGCAUGUCAGUGAGGAAAUUGCUGAGGCUCUCGAUUAAUUACCCGAUCCACCGCCAUUUACGAUGGAGAUUGGAUAAGUAUGCUUGUAGCUGCGCGACUGCAAAAAUUACUCCCGAAAUUCACGAUACCGAUAACAACUCAGUUUAAUAAGUUUGCAAAACCGAAGAUACAGGUGUUGUAUGGAACAGGUAGUACAGUGUGAACAGCUUUUCUCCCUCUGCGUUUCAAAUGAUGAUUCGUUUACAACUCUCUAAGAUUCUUGAACAGUUUGUUUGCCUUUGCGCAUCUAGCCUCCCAUUGAACGAUGAGGCUGGGUUAUUGAAAGGCCAAUGAAAUUUAAGAUCGUAUUAAUGCUGCAUGAAAAAUCCAAAAGACAAAAUAACAAGUACUGUCGAUUCCUGCUUAUACCCAAAGUUAUCUUAAGACGCGAUCCCCGUGUACGUGCAACUAUUCAGACUGAAUUUUUUUUACAACUUCAUGACGUUAAAUGACUAAGAGAAAUGCAAUUCAGUAUACGGGUGGACCUGGAUAUUUCUUUUUGUUCAAGUGGGCUGAAUUGGAAUCGACCCGAUUUCCGAUCUCUAUGAGAACCUGCUGUCCGCUUGUAAUCUAGUCCGAAGAAAAAACUCGAAUUUGCCCUCUUGGUUCUUUGACGGCGCAGUAGAUUGAUUAUUGCUUCAAAACUUUU